UUUUCUUCAAUUCCAUCUCCACAAUUUACAAACCCUAGCUAGCUUACUACAUCCCUAAAAAUGGCCGAUUUUUCGUCGGAGAAGAAGCCAUCCUACCGUCAAUAUCACCCUUACCAAGACAUGCAAAUUCCAAUCCAUAACCUUUAUAACCUCCCCACCUCCCCUGAACUCGUAUUCUCCGAAGAAGCCACAAAGCAACGGCGAUCAUGGAGCGAAAAUCUCACUUUCUACACCGGAUGCGGAUAUCUUGCCGGCGCAAUCGGCGGAGGCGUUAAAGGAUCUGUUGAAGGGUUUCGUGCGGCUGAAUCAGGCGAAACGUUGAAGCUACGUAUUAAUCGUGUUCUCAAUUCCGGUGGUCAUACAGGAAGGAGGUUUGGAAAUUCAGUGGGCGUUUUAGGUUUGAUAUUUGCUGGGGUUGAGAGUGGGAUUACACAUUUGAGAGACACUGAAGAUGUUUUGAAUAGUGUAUUGGCUGGACUUGGAACAGGUGCUCUUUAUAGGGCGGCGGCUGGUGUAAGGUCAGCUGCGAUUGCUGGUGCGAUUGGCGGUGUGGCUGCCGGAGCUGUAAGUGGUGGGAAACUCGUAUUGAAACGGUAUGUUCCAUUAUAAUGGUUUGUUUAAAAAGCCUUUAGAAUCUUACCACUUCUUUUUUGAGAUAUAACAUGAAUGGGAUGUGUGUUCUUAAUCUGUUGACUUGUCCUUUAUGAAGAAUUUUGAUAGAAAGUUUGAGUUUUU